AUGGGUAAAGCACCACAAAAGAAUUUCUUUGCAACCAAGGAUCUCACCAAAGCCAAAUACGUAUCCAAGAAUAGUGCUCAAGAGAGGCUUCAAAUAUCCCGAGCAAACUUUCGGCACUUGCUCAUUCUGAAAGGUAUUCACCCAAAGGUUCCUGAGAAGAAUUCAAAGGCUAAAAACGUUGCCAAAUAUGCCAAAGAUAAAACCUACUAUUACAAGAAGGAUGUUAACUUUAUUGCUCAUGAUCCUCUCUUGGAUAAAUUGAGAGAAUAUAAAACUUAUUUACGCCGAGUUGCAAAGGCUAAAGGUAGAGGAGAUGUUGAACAUUUAGAACGUUUGAAAGAAUUGGAGCCCGAAUUUACCUAUGAUCAUCUUGUCAAGGAAAGAUAUCCAUCCUUCCAAGCUGCUCUCAAUGAUUUAAACGAUUGUCUUUGCAUACUCUUCAUGUAUACUCAACUUCCAGCUGGUUUGGGUAAAGUAACUGCAGAAAUGACUGAAAAUGCCAAACGAUUGUGUGAUGAGUUUUGUUCCUAUGUGUGUCAAACGAAGAGUUUGAGGAAGGUGUUUUUAUCGUUCAAGGGAAUUUAUUAUCAAGCAAACAUUCAGGGCGUCGAUAUUACUUGGAUUGUUCCCUAUGAUUUUCCACAAGUGAUUCCAGAAAAUAUUGAUUUUAACAUCUUUAGAAGUUUUAUUCAAUUUUAUUUAACGUUAUUGACCUUUGUGAAUUACAAGCUCUACAAUGAUGCAAAUAUUGAAUAUCCACCAAAAUAUACUGCCAAGAGUGAUAAGAGUUAUUUGAUUGAUCUCAAACAAGGCGGUGCAGAGGAUGAGAAUGUUGAUUUACGUUCUGUGGCUGGACCUGCCAUUGAGCAAGAUGAAAAGAAAGCCUCUUCUCCCGAGGAAGUAUUUAUGAACAAAUUUAAGGGCAUGUUCAAAGGAUUGGUCUUUUAUUUCUCGAGAGAGUGUCCAAAAUCUGCAUUGGAAUUUAUUGUCAAAUCAUUUGGAGGUGAGUGUGGAUGGGCAUCCGAAGACUCGCCAUUCGAUGAGACCCACGACAAAAUUACUCACAUGGUUGUUGAUAGAAAAAUUGCACCUGAAAAGAUGAUUAAGGAUCGUGAAUAUGUUCAACCUCAAUAUGUGUUCGAUUGUGUGAAUGCUAUGAUCAAACUUCCUGUUGAACCCUAUGCUCCUGGAAAGAAAUUACCACCUCACUUGUCACCUUUUGUUGAAUACAAGAAAGAUACAUACAUGCCCAAAUAUGCUGAAGAAAUUCGAGCCAUGGUUGAAAAGGAAUUGAAAUUAAUUAAGAAACAAUAUCAACAAGAUGUUGAAGAUGACCAGGAGGAGGCUGAAAUUUUGGAAGAUUUAGAUGACGACAGCGACGAGGAAGAAGAGAGACAUCAUAUGGAACUCGUUGCCGAAAUUGAAGGAAAGAAAUUUGCAGAUGUGCAACAAGAAUUGGAAAAGGCAAGACAAAAAUCAAAGGACGAACUCAAACUUCAACAAUUAUCGAACAAGCCUCGAAACAAGAAGGAAGAACGAGAACAAGAGCUCAUUGAAAUGCGUAAGGUGAUGGCUUCUCGAAGAAAUAGAAAACUCUAUGACCGAAUUCAGAAACUACAAAGGGGCAAGAAUGCUUAUAACAAGCAAUUGUUGAAACGAAGGAUGAAAUUGGAAGAGGAGGAGAAGAAGGCGAAACAAAUGGAGGACAAUGUCGAAGAUACAAUGGUGGAUGAAGGAGAGGAGCAUGAUGUUGAAGAGGAAGAACGUGACAACACAACACCAAGCAAAUCACAUCGAAACAAGCAAGAAGUGAGACCUGAGGACAGCGAGGAAGAGGAUGACGAUUUAUUGGGCCAGUUUGCUGAGGAUGACGAUGAAGAAGAUUCUGAUGAUAUUGAGCUUGUGUAA